AUGUCAAGCUGGGAAAUAGCAGUCAAAAAUGAGAAUUAUGGUGGAGUCUUCACAAGUCAUCCCUCAACAUGGGUUAAUGUGAAACAACUGAACAUAGUCAGACAGUCUCCAAGGCGAACAUGGAAGAAGACUACGGUGUCAUAUAUUUUGGUGAUAUUGUUGAUUAACAAAGGUUUCAGAUUGGACGCCGACAUACGCUUCACUGCAAUCGAGUAUGGUAAUUUCGUCCAAUUGCUGAAUGAAGUUGCAAACAUACUACUAGGUAAAUUUUUGCCUCAUUCGUGGAAUAAAUGCUAUGGUAGAUGUUAUUGUUCGAAUUCUCAAAUGUCUUGAAAAUUUGCAAAAACUAGUUACCAUGAUGUUACUACAAGUUCAAUAGUUCUUAAUUCUUCAUCAUGACUUUGGUUAAAAUUGAAUGACAAUAAUUUUAUUGGUGAACUUCUUCGAGAAUUUGAAAUUUACGUGAUUUAAGAUUUUUAGAUUUUGGUGAUAAUAAAUUCUCUAGAAUUAUAUCCAAAUGGAUUGGAGAAAAUCUUACACCUUUGAUGGUUUAUGAUUAUACGAACAUAAGUUCACAUAAUGAAUUCUUUGCUCAUUAUGCAAAACUUCAAGCUUUAGAUGAUGCAUUCAACUUCUUAGUAGGAACCAUCCCUUAUUUUCUAGGACAGUUAAAUGACAUGGUUGAGAGAAAAAUCGGUUGACCGGGAUCAUUACUCUAAGCUUGGCGACUUUGACUUUUUUGAGUCAUCUGAAGCUGUCACACCAAAUAGGAUAUUAGUUGAAUGCUCUUUACAAAUCUGUCAAUAUAUGCUUGUAUGAAGAUCCAUGACAUGUACUUUCCUAGACAAUGAGGGAUGGUUCUUGUAAAGUUUUAUGCAACUUUCAAAAUUUAAAGAUUUGAAGCUUUGCACAAAAAUCGAGGAAUUCUUCUGGUGAAAUUAUUUUUGUCUAAUCUCAAAACCUUAUUAAAGGUGUAAAUGUUUUCUCCGAUCCAUUUGGGUAUAUUUCCAGAGAAUUUAUUAUCACCCAAAUCUAAGACUCUUAAAUAUCGUAAAUUUCUAAUUUUCGAGAUAAUUCACCAAUAAAGUUAUUGUCAUUCAAUUUUAACCAAAGUAUCGAUGAAAAAUAUUAAAGAGCUAUAGAACUUGGAAUGACACAAGACAUUUGAUUUGAGCUAAAUCUCAUGGUAAGAGUAGCUCAUACGGCACAAGUUACACAUACAAGGAUUCUCAUGGUAACCAACUUUUGGAGUACUUCAUCUCCAUGUUCUUGACUCUUGUUAUAUUUUUCUAUGAUGCGAAGGUUAUGGUGUUGUAAAAGUGACUUUAAAUGUAUUAAUUUGUAUAAUGUAUUUUUGUAAAUCAGGGAGAUUUUGCCAAAGUUGAAACCUCUAAAAUCAACUUUGGUGCAUGUGUUUGUAUAAAAGAGACUAAACUACAACUUUAAUCC